CCAGGUCCUAAAGCUGCCGCCGACAAAUCCCAGGCCCCACUUUCUCAGAAGGCAUUAAUGGAAAAGAGAUGCCGUGAGAUUAGCAUACAUGAAGCACCUCGCGAUGAUUACAGAGGAAGUUUGUAUGCUUUUGUGGACACUAUCUGCACCAACGACCCCAAGAAUGAUCCGAACCAUCAUAAAAACGCUUCGGGGAAGGACCGACAUAAGCCGAAAGAGCGGAGUUCGACUGUCAAUCUGGACAGGUGUCUUGGUUGGGAUAAGAACAAUGGCGGGCUUAUCAAAGAGAUUGAUGGGCAUGCAACCUACUAUGGACUCUGUUGGGGCUGUCACUACAAGCGAGGUACUAAAGAUGGCGAAAAUAAUCUGUCAUGUUGGUGUAAGCACGGUAAGGGUGAAAAGGUACAGGACCCAGCCACAAAGAAAUUGGGUAUUAUGACACAAUUUGACUUGGGUCCCUUGUUAAAAGUCUUCCCAAGUGGCUCUGUAGGGUGCUCUCACUGGGACUAUUCAUAAUGAUGUUUUUGUCCGGGAUGUUAUAUGCAAUACUCCCCUGGAGUUGGAACCCCUUGUGAAAUUAUUUGCAUUGGAAUGGUGGUAUUAAACUUUGGCAUGAUAACUACGUACUCUUUGGCUGCAAUGAUGUUCAAUUGUGGUGAAAAGUAGUAGCGAUGUACAGAAAGCACUAGGGUGUAAGGGAAUAGCAGAGCUGCUGCGCCAAAUAGUUGCAAUUGACAC